AUUGAUUUUUGGAACUUGAUUUUCCGAUUGGUUAGUUUAUUGUAUGCAUUUUCCAUAGAAAUUCCAUGUUUUGGGGAAGCCCAAUUAGAAACAGGAGAUAUGUUUGGAUAUUUACAUAGGCUAAUGAUAUGUGUUGCUAUCUGUAUCUAAUUUGUCAGUUUUAAGAAUUCUCUGAAAGUUGGUAAUUCUCUGAAAGCUGGUAACCUCACGAAUGGUUGUAUAUUUAUUUUUAUGUAGGAACACUUGCUAUAAACACCAUGAGUGUUAAAACACUUGAAAUAAAAAUGCAUAUGCACACGUUUCUGGCUUGGAAAUUGGACCCAAGAGUGUCUGCGCUUGUGGAAUCCACAUGUUUUCGGUGGGCUUUGAAAUUCAAAAAUAGUCUUUAUAGGCAAGAUAGUAAUCUUCUUAGUGCCCUUGCCUCGAUGUUUGAUGAGAGUAAAGAUCAUUUCGUCAUUGGGAAUCCUAAGAUAGAUAUUGAUUUUGGUCUAGAAGACAUUUUAUAUAUUACAUGUCUUCCAAUUGACGGAGAACAUGUAUUUAUCUUUUCUUUUACUUCAACAUAUCUUUAGUUUUAGUUAUUCGAUUUAUAAUGCCCAAUUUGAAUACAAGUCUCAGGAUAUGAGAGUCAAAACAUCAAGGGUACAAUCAUGGAGCAUUUUAAGAUAAAUGAAGAGAAGGCUGAGUCAUUAAUGAUGAACUCCGGUAAUAGUAUUGAUCUCUCAAGAUUGAAGUUCGAAUUUAAGAUGGUACCACAAGAGGAGGAUAUUGACUUAGAGCCUUAUUUCAAGGCUUCUCUCCUCUUUUUGUUGGGAGAAGUCAUUGUCCCAAACAACAUCAACUCUUUUUCUCCCAUGUACCUACCAUUGCUUGGAUUCAAUGUUGUCAAUCACUAUGCUUGGGGAGCAGCUAUGUUGGCGAAUAUGAAAGAAUCUCUAGAAAAAGUGAAGAAAGUUGGGAAAUUCACAAGCUUAUGUUGUUUUUCGUACGCUCUCACGGUAUUUGCAUUAAAGCGGUUUCCAUGCCUUAGAAAAAGAUGUGGAUCAUCACCACUAUAUUCUUUACCAUCCGGAUUUCCCUUGAUUUUGGGGUGGAUCGAGGUGUUGUGUAAACCGAAUAAAGCCACGAAGAAUGUAAAGUCUGUGAGAUACUACAAAAAGAAGCUUCAAGACAUGGAAGAAAAAGACGUAAGACCUUAA